AGUUUCAGCUGUUGGAAGGUUUAGCAUAUGGCAGACAGACUGAUGCACAGUCAUUUGCACACGCAGUGCAGGGCAGUGUGAUACACUCCUACAGCUGCAGUGCCAUGCUUUCAGCUAGGCUGCUUGUGUGUGGCACAAUCAUGUGCCAUGCCAUGUGCACAGAGCCCUUUUCACAAACAGAGUCAGUUCCAUAGAAAAGCAAUGGCUUAUUUUCUCUCACCUGAAUUAGGGACUUUAGGAAUCCUGUGAGCUGACUGUGGGACCUGGGACAGAGGCACCCAAAGUGGAGUGGCAGCUGCGCUGGGGUCUGCCUCGUGGCCCAGAGAAAGAAACAGAGGAAGAGAGAAAGCAGAAGUUGGGAGCAACAGUGUCACAAAUCCACUCCCUGCGCCACCAGCACAUCCUGUGAGCUCCUUGUUCAGGGUCCUGCAACCAUCACAGCUUCCCAUUCGCUUGCUUACGCCAGCUUUCGUGGCCUCCUAGUGGUACCUGCUCAGCUGCAUCUGGUGCUGUGGCUACAAGUUCCUGCUCUGGCCGCACCUGUUCUCACUGAUGUUGAUUCAGGGACUUGUGCAACUCCUGCUGAGUCAUUAUUUGUGGGGAUGAAACAACCCUCAAGGCAGCAGGAAGGUCAAUGAAGAAACAAGGGACAAAACAGGCUGUAAAUCACCUGGUGCAUCAUUCAGGGGAAGCCCAUGUACAGAUAGAGACCCCCCAGGGCAAUUGGCAUCUUCAGGAAGAGGUGUGGGAUGGCCUGCCCUUUGGGCAUCGGUCCGCCUUAUAUGGUGGCCAGUGCAGGAUGCACUGGAGAAGACCUAAUGCACCUGCAGUGCUGUCCCUUAGGGACACAUUUCUGCCUGACCCCUUCCUGUGAUCAGUUUUUGACCUGGAACAAGAGAUCAAUAGUUCUUGGUUGUUGUAUCCCUGCUAGCAUCACUGCAGAUGCUGUUCAUUCAUGUUCCAUACAAAACAAUGUUAAGGAGCAUUAAGCACUCCUGGACCAGAAAAGGCCAAUAACCCACAUGCACCCUUAGCCCGGUCUCGGGUGUGCCUGCUUUACCGCACUCACACUGUUUCUCACACCCAACCAAGACUAAUCUGUGAGCACUACCAAAGCCAUCUCUGGGCUGUGGCCUGGCCUGGAUCCUGACUGGGAGGCCUCCAAGACAUGGGUGAUUGGUAAGAUCUUUGGAGUAAGGUCUUUGCCUUGUGGGUGAAGGGAUUUGGAGCCAGGGCUUUAUCCCUGGGAGCCAGCCUAGGUUUGCUUUUUGGCUGGACUAUCACAUGCAUUGGAGGUGUGGCUGGAUGGGUUCCCCUAUGGAAUGUCAACGGGGGUUAUGUGUGUGUGAGAGGCACCCAAAUGCCCUGGAGGAGGUGGGGUUAGACACUGCUUCUUGCUGCUCUGGUGCCCUGUCCCCCGACUAGACUUGUCUGGUCUCAGCACAGCCAGAGGCAGGACUGGUCUGAGAUCUAGACGAGGCAGUCAGGGCUUCUUAGCCAGCAUAGCUCAGAUGGCCGAGAUCUGGCAGUUCUUGCUGGAGAAACAGACCAUUCUCCUGGCUUCCAUGUGGCCCAGCUCUGCAGAGAGCCCAGGUUGCUGCUGCAAGGAAUGGCGGUGGGGCUUGUGGACCAGCAGUCUAGUCAUCGGCUGUCAUGCUUCCUGUGUCGUGGUUUGUGAGUGCUGAGGGGUGAGCUGCACGGUGGGUGUGGCUGGCCGUGCUCCUAGAGGGAGGUGGUACUCCACCUCUGCACAGUGCUGCUGCGGUGGGAAGCUGUUCUCUGUGAGUGCAGCUGGGGAUUUCAGCCGCUCCGCUGAGUGGGCUGGAAAGCGCUGCCCAAUUAACUCUCCUGCUUCUUGCCCAUGCAUCUGCCCUGGACGUCCAACCCUGGGUUGGAGCAUUUGAAAUGCUGCUUCUGAGGGCCAAAGCCUGAGAAUAAGGGACGGGAAAUGUUAACUCCUUUUCUCUUCUGUAUUUGCUCAUGAGCUGCUGAACCUGCUGCUGAGAGGAGCCAUUGUCCUUUGCUUUGGGUGUCCUGGGCUCUGUCUUCCCCAGGUUUCCCUUUUGCUUUGCCCGCUCUCCUAGGACUGGGGUUGUUCUCACUCCUGUGCCCGGAGGGGGUAGGUGCAGAGUAGUAAGGUGCUGCCUGCCCCAGCAGCCGAGUGAAGCCUUUCUCCCCACAGCAUCCCUCACACACACCCCAUCCCCAAGUCCCCCCGCCCUCACCCAAAGGGUUAGUCUUUAAUGGACAAUCUCUGGUCUCUGUGGUUCUCUCUCUCUGCGUCUGGGACCUACACGGAAACUGCUGCAGCUCCUCCUCCAGGCUGCUGCUUCACACGCCCCAGCCACCCCCGCCCUCUCUCACUACCAAAGCAGAAGAUUGAAGUUUGCCAUGCUAGAAACCUGUCCUCUCUGGAGGGAAGUCUGCUGAGGAAGUCUGGAUAGCACAGCCCCCUGGGCUCAGCUCCUUCCUCUCCCUAGGGCUGUGUGUGAUACAGCCCAUAGAGGAGCAGGGACCUGUGAUCCAAGAAGACUCUGUCCUGGCCAUGCUGCCAUGGGCGGGGGUGCUGGGCUUCCUCCUACUGCUCAUCUUCCUGUGUGUCCGGGUUUGGGUUCGGAAAGCAAAAGUUCCCAGCAGCUCUGGGGCCCAGCUGGUCUGCAAGCCCUCUGCGCUGGCUGCCUACCUGGAGAGCCAGUGCCAGGCCUUGAAAAGCCUAUGCGAAGCCAGCUGGCCAUGGAGGGCUCUCCCCUCCCUGCAGACCUUGGCCAGCAUGAUGGGGCCCCUGGAUAGCAGGGUGCAUUUUGUAAGGACCUAUCUGCAGCUGAGCGAUGAGGGGCUGGUGGCACUGGACUGGGCAGUGGGGCCAGCACAGCAGAAGAGGAGGCAGACAUCCACCAUCUGCAGCACACCUGUCCUGCUGCUUGUCCCCAACUCCUUCGGGAAGGUCACCCGCAACAUCAGCAAGCUAUGUCACGUGGCACUCCUUCAUGGCUACCAUCCUGUUGUCUUUAACCGCCGCGGCCAGAACGGCUGCCCCCUAAGCACUACCGCGCUGCAGCCGUAUGGGGAUCCUGCUGACCUGCGAGAAGCCGUCCGGUACAUCCGCUCCCAGUGCCCAGGGGCCCUGCUCUUUGCAGUGGGGGAGAGCACUGGGGCAGGGCUCCUGUUCUCCUACCUGGGAGAAUGUGGUUCCUCUAGCCACCUGACAGCUGCCGGCUGCAUCUCCCCCAUCUUUGAUCCUCGGGGAUGGUUUGAAGCUGGGUGCCCCUGGCUAUGGCAGCAACUCUUGCUCAUGUCCCAGAAGGUGUGGCUUAGCCGGUUUGCCACGGUGCUAGGGGAGGUUCUUCCCCUGGAUCGUUUCUUUGGGGGCCAGUCACUGAGGGAGCUGGAGGAGGUCUUGUUCUGCCAGGCCCAGACCUGGGACUUGUACUGGGAGAGGAACAACCCCCUGCGGGACGUAGACGAGGUGGCAGUACCAGUGCUGUGCAUCUGCAGCCAGGACGACCCCAUGUGUGGGGCCCCCAGGGACACUCUGCCCUUUGAGCUGUUUGAGACAAACCCCUACUUCUUCCUAGCGCUCACCCAGGGAGGCGGACACUGCGGCUUCUUCAAGGAGAGCCUGGGUGGUGCCUUCUGGAGCCAUGAGGUGCUGCUGGAAUUCUUCCACUCCACUGUGGAUUUCCUCCUCACAGAGGACAAACCGAAGGGCCAGGCCAAGAAGAGAGGGGCCAGGCCGGUGCUGAAGGUCACCCAGGGCAGAAGUGGCUGCAGGCAGGAGUCGUGCUGCCCCCACAAUACGCCUGACAUUUACAGCUGGCAGCGCUCCUACACCCACUGACCGCUGCUCUUCACGCGGCGUCUGGAGGACGUUCUGCUGACCUUUCCCGAGAGCUCUGUCUCAUCAGCUGCACCUGGAUGGUGUCUCAGCAGCCCAGACAGCUGGGUUGUGCCAUACCCUCCCCCCCCCCCCCCCCCCGGCCCGGCUCCUGGGACUGUGACUCUUUGUAACAAGAACAGGGCCAUCCCUAGUGGGGUGCAGGACCCAGGGCAAAAGAGAUGGAUUCGUCUCUUCCAGGACUGACCACCCUGGCCAAUCGCACCGGCCUGGGGCCCCCUGAAAGCACAGGGCCCGGAGCGGUCACCCCGAAGGGACGGCUCUGAACAAGAACACAGUACUUCAGUGAACAACCGGAUCAUGUUAGAUGAUAACUGCAGCGUGGCAGAGGUGCUGCGUCCUGGCUGGGUGUCAGCAUCUCAGGUGCUGCCCUGUCAGAAGUGGUGUUUGUGUCCCAGUGCCAGUGGCUCCUGGUUGUGAUGCGUUUCUGUGCCUUUGCUGAUGGUUGCCAGGUACUGUGAUGUCCCAGUGCUAGAAGAUUGGGGCCCAGCCAGGUGCUAUGCUGCAAUGGAACAGAGAGGGAUGAAUGAUUCUUAUUUAUUUUGUAGCACCCGAAUUUAUGCUGGGUGCUUCAUGGAAGACAUACGAAGAGACAGGCCCUGCUGCAGUGAGCGUAUCUCUAGGUUUUACAUGUGUCCAAGCAAAGGAGGUAGCUGAGAGUUGGGAGGGAGGCUGCAGCAGAAUGAUCAGGGGUGACUUAGGGUCACUGCCUGGGCAGCAUUUUGGGCCUGUUGCUUUUCUCCAUGUAGCUAUAAAAAUAAGGACAGUAAUUAGCGUAGAUUCCCUUCUUGAGGCUGGAACUGCUGUAUGUAGCUGGGUGAUGCAGUGCUAGACGCUCCUGGGUCCUCAUCUGUAAUGCACCCCUGUUGUGUAGUUGUACCUCCUUGCCCGUGUGUGCAGGCUAACUGGCAUUCUUCAUUAAUGCUCCAUGACAAGACUAAAGGAUGCUUGAAAUGUUGUUUUAAGCUCAAA